AUGGCCCGUCCUUCGCUUUCACGAUCCAAUCCCCUCGGAUUCACACCAUGGCCCGUCACCGUUAUCACGGCGGUCGUGUACCUUGCGCUAGUGGUGCCGUUACUUGUCGUCCACCACGUCGUGCCUUCGGCUCCUAGCUCCAGUCCAAAUGGACUGAAUCUGACCGAAGCCUGGACUGAUCUGCAGGCGCUCACGAACGGGUUCCACCCGUACAACUCCCACCGCAAUGACGAGGUGCACGAGUGGCUUCUGAAACGGAUCCACGAGCUUAUCGACAGCGCACCACCCGCGAGCGAGUAUGAAUCGGUCGACGAGGAGAAGCCAGACAUUUUUGUCUUUGACGACACGCAGUCGAACCUAACUUUCUCUGGCCGCGGGUCGGGCCUCGGGGUGUAUUUCGAAAGUACCAAUGUCAUGGUGUAUAUCCGGGGGUGGGAAGAGGAUAAGGAGCGCUGGUGGGAAGACCCGCACGGCCGGCCGGCGGGCAAGGGCGGCGUUCUGGUGAACGCACACUACGACAGCGUGUCGACGGGAUACGGGGCCACCGACGACGGGGUGGGCGUGGUCUCGUGCCUCCAGCUGAUCAAGUACUUCACCACGCCGGGGCAUGCCCGCGGCGCGGGCUGCCAGCACCCCAUCUCGCAGCUGCCGCAUACGUUUCUGAACCUGGAGGGAGCGGGCGCGGGCGGCCGGGCGACGCUGUUCCGCAGCUCGGACGCGGAGGUCACGAAGCCGUACAUGCGGGCCCCGCAUCCGUUCGGGUCGGUGUUGAGCGCGAACGGGUUCGAGGCUGGCCUGAUCAGCAGCCAGACGGACUAUGUGGUCUUUGAAGGCGAUCUGGGCCUGCGCGGCCUGGACGUCGCAUUCAUGGAGCCCCGCGCGCGGUACCAUACGGACGAGGACGAUGCGCGGCAUACGAGCUUGGAUUCCGUGUGGCAUAUGCUGUCUGCCGCGGUGGCCACGACGGAGGGUCUGGUCUCGGACGCCAGCGGCCGAUUUGAGGGGCUGCCGCGCGAGGAUGGCCGGAUUGCCAGUGGAUCUGGGCCGAGGGGUGUGUGGUUCGAUAUGUUCGGGAGCGCUUUUGUUGUCUUUGAGCUGCACACGCUGUUUGCGCUGUCGGUGACGCUGCUGGUCGUGGCGCCGCUCGUUCUGCUGGUGACGAGCAUCGCGCUGACUCGCGCGGACAAGAUGUACCUGUUCCGAUCGUCGGCAUCGCCGGAGGACAGCGACGGCAGCGAGGCGGUGCCCUUGCACGCGGUUCGGGGCUUCUUCCGGUUUCCCUUUCUGCUGGUGAUCCCCACGGCGGUGACGGUGGGUCUGGCGUACCUGGUCACCAAGUUCAACCCGUAUAUCAUCCACAGCAGCGAGUAUGCCGUCUGGAGCAUGAUGAUAUCCGCCUGGGUCUUUUCGGCGUGGUUCGUCUCGCGCGUGGCGGACUUUGCGCGGCCGUCGGCAUUUCAUCGCGUGUACACGUUGACCUGGUUGUUCCUUGUGGAGUGGGUGUUGCUGGUCAUUUCCACGGUCUACGAGAACAAAUACGGUCUGGCUGGAGGCUAUUUUGUGUUUUUUGCAUUUGCGGGGACGUUCCUUGCGACGUGGAUCUCGUAUCUGGAGCUGUUUGCUCUACCGCGCAAGUCCGAGUACGCGACUCAGCUUGCGUUGCCCUCCCGGCGGGCCAGUAGCCACGGCAGUCGGCUCGGCACGGCCUCUGGUGAGGAUGUCGAAGAAGGCGAGGAUGAAGAGGACGAUGGCACUACGGCGGAGGCGACGGAGACAACCUCUUUGCUGCGCGGACAGCGCACCACCUUUGCCAACUACGUCCGGGUGACGGGCGACUAUCUUCGCGACGACGACGACGACGAGGAGGAGCCGCGCCAGCCCAACCUGUACGGCCACGAACAGGCCUGGAGCAUCCACCUGCCCAAAUGGGUUUGGGUGCUGCAGUUUCUUCUGACCGCGCCGCUCGCUCUGAUCUUCGUGGGACCUCUUGCGCUACUACUUACUUCCGCCCUGCGCCAGACCGGCCAGGAUGGCAGCUCCUCGCUCUUUAUUUACAUUGCCAUUGCUGCGCUCACGACGCUACUUUUCAUGCCACUUCUCCCGUUUAUCCACCGGCACACGCAUCACAUCCCGCUUUUCCUGCUGUGCGUCUUCGCCGGCACCCUCAUCUACAACCUCGUUGCCUUCCCCUUCUCCCCGGCAAACCGGCUCAAGCUGUUCUUCAUCCAGGAGGUCGACCUCGACACGGGCGUCAACCACGCCUCCCUCAGCGGCGCCUACCCCUUCGUCCACGAUGUCGCCAGCUCUCUCCCCAGCGCCGCCGGCCAAAACAUCACCUGCGAUUUGGAUCUGCUCCGACCCAAGUGUUCAUGGCAUGGGAUACCCCCGCAGGUCGUCCAGCCUGCCGAAGCAUCAAAGAUGAAAGACUGGCUCUCGUACAACAUCACCCAAUCCGACACUGCGCCCAAAGCCCAGUUCAGCAUUUCCGGCCGCAACACCCGCGCCUGCAAACUUAUCUUCGAUAGACCUGUGGUGGAUUUCACGGUCGCAGACUCGGCGUAUGACCCGCGCUUCCCGCAUGUUUCUUCGGACGGCACGAAGGAGAUCCGCCUCUGGAGUCGAGAGUGGGGACAUAGCUGGACUGUAGAUGUUGAGUGGGUUGCAGACACUGAUGAAGCCGAGAAAAAAGGGCCUGGGCUGAGUGGACGGGUAGUCUGCCUCUGGAGCGAUGGGAAUACGGCGCGUGUGAUUCCGGCGCUGGACGAGGUGAGACGGUAUGUUCCUGUCUGGGUGGGAGUGAGUAAAUUGUCCGAUGGGCUUGUGGAGGGGAGUCGACGUUUUGAGAUAUGA